AUUGGACAUUUUGUCGCUUUUUGCUAGGAUCUACCGAAGCCGGGGCUUUCGAUUGCUCUGUUAGGCCGGAGGUGGAGGGGUCGCCCCCGUUUCACAGAGACUAGUCGGAGGCUCGGCGUUAGCGACGCCCACCGUGGCCCCGCAGCCGCGGCGAGACUUGGGAAGGCCGUGUAUGCGUCCCCGUCCUAGACCCGGGCCGCUCCGGGCCCCGCUGCGCACACCGAGUCCGAUGGCUGCGGCCGCGCCCGGGGACCGGGCUCAGGUCUGUGUGAUCUCAGAGGAUGUGUUUGUGUCCUUCUCCCGGGAAGAAUGGAUGCUCCUUGAUGAUUCUCAGAGACUUUUAUAUCAGGAUGUGAUGCUGGAAAACUUUGCACUUUUAGCCUCACUGGGCAUUGUAUCCUCCAGAUCACACUCAGUCGCCCAACUGGAGCAAAAGGAAGACCCCCAGAUGGCUGCCCAGGUGGAUAUGACCCCAGUCUCAGAAAGAGAGGCUCAGAAGGGACCUGGACUUGGUGGUUGGUGUGCAGUGGAGGAUGAGGCUACAUCCCCUGAGCAGAGUGUUUCUUUAGAAGGAGGGUCACAAGUCAGGACUCCGGUGGCAGGUCUGAAGCCCCAGCCAUGUGACAUAUCUGGCUCAAUAUUGAAAGAAAUCUUACACCUGACUGAAUACCAGGGGGGAGAAGCCAGGUUGGAACCACACACGGGCGGGGCCUGUUGGAAGCACUUCUGGCUCAGUGCAAACGUCCAUCAGCACCACACUGCAGAGAAAUCCUUCAGAAGAGAUGAGGGCAGGGACUCGGUGAACAGCUGCAGAUUCUAUGUGCCAGAGAAGACCUAUACACACAGUGAGGGUAGAAGGGACUUUACAGCCACCUCUGACCUUCAUCAGCACCAGGUCCCCCACAUUAGGAUGAAGUCCCACAAGAACACCAGGCUUGGGGGAGCCCUUCACCCUGGACAGCGGCAUCACAAGUGCAUCGAAUGUGGGAAAUUGUUCACCCGCAAAGACACACUUACUCGGCACCGGAGAAUCCACACUGGAGAAAGGCCUUAUGAGUGCAGCAAAUGUGGGAAAUUCUUUAGUCAAAGCUGUGACCUUUUUAAACAUGAGACCAUACACACUGGAGAAAGGCCUUAUGAGUGCAGUGAAUGUGGGAAAUUCUUUAGACAAAUCUCUGGCCUGAUUGAACACAGGCGAGUUCACACGGGUGAAAGACUCUAUCAGUGCAGUAAUUGUGGAAAAUUCUUUAGUAGUAAGUCUAACCUCAUUAGACACCAAGAAGUUCACACAGGAGCAAGGCCUUAUGUAUGUAGCACAUGUGGGAAAGAGUUCAGCCGCAAACACACACUUGUUCUGCACCAGAGGACUCACACUGGAGAAAGGCCUUAUGAGUGCAGUGAGUGUGGGAAGGCCUUUAGCCAAAGUUCCCACCUUAAUGUACACUGGAGAAUUCAUAGCAGUGAUUAUGAGUGCAGCCGAUGUGGGAAAGCCUUUAGCUGCAUCUCUAAACUCAUUCAGCACCAGAAAGUUCACUCUGGAGAAAAUCCUUACGAGUGCAGCAGAUGUGGGAAAGCCUUUACCCAAAGGCCAAAUCUUAUUCGGCACUGGAAAGUUCAUACUGGAGAACGGCCUUACGUGUGCAGCAAAUGUGGGAAAGAGUUUAACCGCAAACACACACUUGUUCUCCAUCAGAAGAUUCAUACUGGAGAAAAGCCUUAAUACCACAGCAGAUGUGGGGAAUCCUUUAGCCAAGGCCCCCAACUUAUUGUCCAUUUGAGAAUUCCUAGCAGUGAUUAGGAGUGCAGCAGACAUAGGACAGUCUUUCCCCAAGCACCAAACUUUAUUCAGCACUGGAAAAUCCACACUGGACAAAGGCCUCAGCAGUACAGGGAAUGUGCCAUCUCCUUGUUGAGCCUAACAGCUCUCUCCAGAGUGAAGCUCUGAGAGUAGGCUUUGUGAGGGAGCCAUCAUUCCAAAGUGGUACCUCAGACAUAGGAACUUCUGCACUGGGGAGGUUCCUUGUGAGUGCCUGGUAUGUCAGGUGCUAUCAGGAGCUGUGUUGCACAUUGUAAACUGCCAAGUCCCUUUGCCAGUGGCAAAAGCCGUCCCACUAUGACCAUCUGUCAGUCCCACAGUGUGUCAGUCACUCCAGCAUGCUUAGGCAGGUAGACCUGUGCUGUCUCCACAGUCCCUAGAAGGAGUCAUGAUUGGCCUCCAUGGCCCAUGGGGGGCCUCAUUUCCUCCCUUUUGUCUGGGUUAAGCAUGGAAAAAAUCACACAAGAUGGGUUUUCCAGGUAGCUUGCAAAGGUUUAUCUUCAUGGACUUUUUCAUCUUGUGUGAUGCUCAUUGUGGAUGUGUAUUGUCUCACGGCCUCCAGCCCUGGAAGCACAUGCCUCACCUCACUCAUGUUUGUACAAUAAUAAAGGGGUUAUUC